AUGGACGGGACGAACGCCACAGUCGCUGAACCAGUGUAUCGAGACGUUCUGCAUCAGCUGUUCCUCUGUUUUUUUGAUAAUGAUACAGAUGGAGUGCCAGCAUUCGUGAAGCAGGGAGAUUCAAUCACUUUACAUACUGGUGUUGAAGCAAACCAACAAGACAGAAUUAUAUGGUAUUUUUAUGACACUCUCAUAGCUGAAAUCACUGGAGAUAUCAGUUAUGUCUGUAUAGAUAUUCGUUGUGAAGAUGGUACUGAGAGAUUCAGAGACAGACUGAACCUGGAUAAUCAGACUGGAUCUCUGACCAUCACAAAUAUCACCUAUACAGAUGCAGGAGUUUAUCAACAAGUGAUUAUCAGCAGCAACAGCAGCAGCAGUGAAAAGAACUUCAUUGUUUCUGUGUAUGGUGUUCAACAAUUUGUAUAUGGAUUGGAUAUUAGAAGUUCUGGGACUUUAGAUCCUGGAGUAAUAAAGAAACCAAAUGAUGUGAUGACGUGGUAUUUUAGGGACAUACUCAUUGCUGAAAUCAUUGGAGAUCAGAGUAAGAUCUGUACAGAAGAACGCUGUAAACAGAUAUUCAGAGACAGACUGGAGGUGAAUCAUCAGACUGGAUCUCUGACCAUCACAAACACCAAAACCAAAGAUUUUGGAAUUUUUAAUCUACUGAUCAGCAGCAACAACUUUAGCAUCAUGAAGACGUUCCAUGUUAUCUUGUUUGGUACUCGUGUUUUUCUAGAGGAUGAGUAUCUGUAUGUGUUUGAGAAUGACCAAGUCACACUACACACCAAUGUUGAAACAAACCAACAAGAAGUUAUUCAAUGGUAUUUUAGUGGCAUUCACAUAGCUGAAAUCAGUGGAGAUCUCAGUUUCAUCUGUACAGAUGUUCAGUGUAAUAAUGGCACUGAGAGAUUCAGAGACAGACUGGAGCUGGAUCAUCAGACUGGAUCUCUGACCAUCCCAUACAUCGGAGACACAGAUCAUGGAGUUUAUCAUCUACAAAUCAUCUGCAGCAGCGGGAUCAGAACCACAAAGAAAUUUCUUGUUUUAUUAACACAUUCUGCAUGUGCGCCUAAUGAAGAAGUGCCAGUGUUAGUGAUGGUGAAAGAUUCAGUCACUCUACACACUGAUGCUAAAACGUAUGAAUAUGAGAAGAUUGUGUGGUGUUUUAAUGACAUUCGCAUAGCUGUAAUCACUGGAGAUCUCAGAUAUAAUUGUACAGAUGUUCAGUGUAAUAAAGGUACUGAGAGAUUCAGAGACAGACUGAAGCUGGAUCAUCAGACUGGAUCUCUGACCAUCACAAACAUCAUGACAUCAGACGCUGGAUAUUAUGAUCUAUAUUUUGAAUCCGGCUGCAGCAGCAGAGUCUUCAUGGUUUUUCUUUCUGGUGGUUUUGCUGCUGAACUAGUUACAGUGCAGUCUGUGAAGGAAGGAGAAUCUGUCACUUUAGAUCCUGGCGAAUUAAAAAUCCCAUAUGAUUUGAUGACAUGGUAUUUUAAUGACAUUCUCAUUGCUAAAAUCUCUAGAGAUCAUAAGAUCUCUACAGAUGAACAGUGUGAAGAUGGUAAUGAGGGAUUAAGAGAAAGACUACAGCUGGAUCAUCAGACUGGAUCUUUGACCAUCAUGAACACCAAGAACACAGACUCUGGACUUUAUAAACUACAGAUCACCCACAGAGACAAAAGCAUCAGCAUCAGCAGCUUUAGGAGCUUUGGUGUUAAUGUCACUGCUAUUCCAGAUUCAGGUUUGUCUACAGCUGUUGUAGCAGGAGCAAGUGCUGCUGCUGCUGCUGUUGUUCUGCUCAUUACUGCAGCUGCUGGGGUGAUUUACCGUCACAAACACCAAGCAAAAAUGAAUGACAUCAGGACACAGAGCAAUGAUCAGGCAGAUGGUGCAGAAGAUUUAUCCCCUACGCAGUUUAAUCUUUUAUUGAGUGACACUACAAGGACAUGUCUUAAUCAACCUGAAACUCCCACUGAGACACCGAUGUAAUAUUUUUCGCUAUUUUAAGACUUUCCUUAAAAGCCUUGUGAACAGUGUGCCAACAUGAGGUUCGGGUGACUCGAGUUCGAAUCCAAGCUUGUAGAUAUUUCCCGAUCCCUUCCCCCUCUCUCUUCCCAUUUGCUUUCUGUCAACUAACCAUCCUUUCUCAAUAAAAGGCAAAAACACCAAAGAUAAAUAUUUAAAAGGGAACACAAGGAGAGCUUCAGCUUGAACUCAGGGCUCACAGAGUAAUCUUGUCAUACAAUGUCUUUUGUGUAGUCGUUUUAUUAGAAAAAUAUUAACAUCAUUUGGAAUUAUUGAAACUAAUAUUACGAAUUUCACUGAUUUAGCUUUUGAAGCUUAACUGUAGGCUAUAUGAUAAAUAUAAUGAAUCAGGAAACUAGAUUUUGAGCUAAACGGUCAUUAUUAUAACUAUUAUCCAGCAGCCACUAUGACAUGACUUUCAGUAACUAAACUAGACUAAAAUGCCCAGACUUUUGGUCAACCAAAACUUAAGUUUGACUAAAUAUUAAAAUAAAAAUAAACAAAUAAACAAAUAAAUAAAAAUGACAUUUGACAUGUGUAAGACUCAAUAAAUAAAAAAAUGCUAAAACUGAACACUAAAUAACAGCAGCAUUUACACUCCAAGACCUUCCAGCUUGUUUGUUUGUGGUGUUGUAGCUUUGCGGUUAAAAGCUGAAGGUUCACAUCCUGCAAGGAUGUACUAAUAUUAAGUGUCUGAAUAGUGUUUAAAGACAUACUAAAGGACACAUUAAAUUACAUUUGUUUACUGUUAAAACAGCAAUAUUCAUUUAUAGUCAUUUAUUAUUAUCAAUAUUCAUUUAUUAUUCAUAUGCAUUAUGAUAUGCAUAUUUUUGUUAUAUAAUCUUCAGAUGUUUGCCACUUAUGCAUAGUGUCUUAAUUGUUGACAUAGUGAAUUAUUACUUUGUAACAAAAGUGUUUGCAUUUUCUAAAGCAUUAGAAUUGCUGAACAGGUUUUAUGUUUGUUUUUGUUUUUACUGCAAAGUUCUUGCAUUUUAUGAUGGAGAUUGUGUUGUUCUUAAAGGAUUAGUUCACUUUUAAAUAAACUUUUCCUGAUA